CCCAGGCACUGUAGUCAGAGAAAGAGUCUUGUCAGGGAGGAGCGGUGAGGGCCACGGCAGGCGCACGACACCUCUUGUUUGUAGCCUCGCCUUCCUCCAGACUUCUCUAUCUCCUCUACAUCAUUAUUAUUUUCAUUAAGUACAACACGUACAGCGCUACCGCUCUCCUAUUACGUGACAGUCAAGCUAGCAAUCACUUAAGAGCAAAAUGCCGAUUAGCAAAUUCUCACGACCGUUUAUCAAUCCACGGCGUUUCUUCCGCUUUCUCUUGCGCGCUUACUCCACUAUUGUGCCAUCGAAGCGCGCUGCGAAAAAGGCCGGCAGGUCUAAGCAGCCCGAAGGAUCUGAAGUGAUUCAGGUAUUGAGAAACCUAUUACUUGCAACCGCGUUAGCAAUGUAGAAUACUAAUAAAACAUCCUCCAUCUAGUCUCCCCUCCUCGCCCUGCCUCCCGAGCUCAGAAAUAUGAUAUGGGCAUACGCCGUGAUACCCAACGAGGGGCACAUCUUAGCAGACAUCUGGGCCUUCCGUACCCAACCCAUUUCCGCCCUCUCGCCUACCUUCAUCCCCGCUAUCUGCCGCGCAAACCGCCAGAUACAGAGCGAGGCCUUCCCUCUCUUCCUCCCUCUCGCAAAGUUCCAUAUCACGAGCUGCGGCCGCAUUCCUUUCACGAAAUGGCUCGAGAGCUUCCCAGACUACGAAGGCUUCGCAGCCGUGCGCCACCUCAACUUCAGCUAUAUCUUCAAUGGGUUCUGGAAAUCGCAGCUCAGUCUCAUGCUGCAAUGUGCGGGUCUCCGGACUGUAGAGUUAACGAUUCCGCUGGAGCUAUGUUUGCUUCCGUCUAGACCAGCAGGGUCUACGUUUCCGAACCAGGGUGAGAACUUGAUCGGGGAGAAGCAAUUAGGCGGGCUUCUGGAGUGUGAGAAUUUGGAGUUGGUGGUACUGGAGUGCUUUGCGAUAUACCCUUCGGACCCGCAGAUAAGAGCGAUGCUGAAAGGAAGGGCGAUAGCGACGGCGGAGUGGUUGGAGGAGGGCUUUAGAAGACGGAGGAUGAAGACGUUCGUUUGUAGGACGGUUACGGUGAAGAUGCAUUAUGACGGGGCGUAUCAUACGGCUGGCAUUGGUUCUUAGAAGGGAGAACUUGAUGUCGUCGGAUGGAAGACGCAAAGGCACUAGAAAUGGCACAUGUCUUUAGCAUCAAAGAUAUGAAGGCUGUGAGGCAACCCUCUCUCGCACCGUCUUCUUCCAAAGCUCUAAAAUAAGACUUUGUACAUCUUCAUUACGUGUUUGAUGCAUCCAACUCGAGACAGUGUCUGAAACGUCCUGGCGGAUUUCAGACUACCAGAUACCGCUGUGUCGGAGUGAUAUUUCGCAUGCCUAUUCGGCUCUCACAGGUGGCACUGACCGAAACAGAACACAAACAUCUGAGCUUAUCAAAGUAGACAAGAUUACCAUUCAUCGAACAUCACGGUCCCUUCGGUGAGGCAAGAUUUGCCUACUUAUUUGUUAGACCGAUGUAUAGCGAUGAUGUUCGAACCUACGUAGACAGGACCGCCCGCCCAUCCCUCACCCUCCAAAACCUCUCCCUUCACCUAGCCCCAAUUCCAC